AGACUGCUAAGCACAAGCAUCCAACCUUCAGACGCUUUCCCUGGCUCCCUAUUGAGCUACGCCUUGAGAUUUGGAAGUAUGCGCUGCCGAUUGUGACAGAAAAGGCUACGCUCUAUCCAUGGGUUGAGAAAACUGAAUGGAAACGGGGAAGGAAGAGCCGGUACUGUUGGAUCGAGCCGACCCUCUACUAUCCCGUUGCUCCCAAAGCCCACCAGAUUGCGAUGCCCCUGCUCUACGUCAACCACGAGUCCCAUUCUGUCGCUCUUGACUGGCUUAACAAGCAUCGUCCCUUGCGCAAGCGCUUUCUUCACAGGGGGACUUUCCUCUUAACUCGCCCCUUCUUUGCGGAAGAUGACACACUCUAUCUUGGCCUUGAUCCUGCUGCGCCGGACUACGAAGACCAUCUCCGUUCCUAUCCAAAUUUCCAACACCUUGCCGUGUCCGAAAGCUUGUUUCUGGCCGACCCCACUAGGUUAUGCUAUCUUGUUGAUCGCUUCUUCUUCCAGUGCCGGUCAUUCUCUAUUAUCAUCGCCAGCGGCCCCACUCCGUACAGCAGUGAUCUUCCGAAGACGGAAAAGAUGGUAGAACGGUGGGAGAUCGAUAGCCCACGAGAGACGAUCCUGAAAUGGGAAAACAGGCGUGGAGAAGUUCCUCGUCUGUGCAACACUGUGGCACGUCAAUGGCUCUGCAGGAACUUAACAAUCGUUGAGGCUGUCCGUGCUGUCAAGAGAUAAGCGACCCAUCUUCUCUCUUUAAAUCUCCGAAGCAAGCUUCUCCAUGCGGCUUUUGUUUGUGAUUCGGCUUCGUGCUUUGCGGGGUUUCCAUCGCCAGGAUGGAGUGGUGGAUAGCGAUGUGAAAAUGGGAACGGCAACAGCAUUUAUUUGCCUAUGGUCAUCUGAUCGUCGGGGGAUCAUUCUAGUCGGGAGAUAGCUAAAUCAAAAAAAUACGAUGGCUUUUUUCUU